AUGACUUCCUCAUUCUCUCGCACCAGAUUUUUUGCUCCUUGGUGUGGUCAUUGUAAAAGCUUACUGAACCCCUGGGACCAGGCCUCUAAAGCGUUUGAAUCAGACUCCAAGUGUCGUAUAGCCCAUUUCGAUGCGGAUGCUUCAGCUAACCGGGACAUAGCCGGGCGGUUUAGCGUAUCGGGAUUCCCGACCAUCAAAUUUUUGUUCAAGGAUAAGAGCAAGGCUCCCAUCGACUACCAGGAAGGCCGGACAGCCGAAACCAUCAUCAAAUUUCUCAACAAACAAUGCGGCACCUUCAGAGCGCCAGGGGGCUUACUUCUCCCCGAGGCUGGGCGGGUUGCUGGUUUGGAUGAGAUAGCCAAGUCCUUCCUCGGCCUGUCGAGCGAUGAGCGGCCUUCGAUCAUCGAAAAGGCAACAGAGCUUGCCUCAUCUGCUACUGAGAAGAUGGCCUCCUACUACGUGAAGGUUAUGAACAAGUUGAUCACUGACGAGUCGUGGCUCACGAAGGAGUCUGAGCGUUUGAAGAAGCUGGCUGAGAAGGGUGCUACCAUGGCAAGUGAAAAGUUCGAGGAGCUUCAAAUCAAACAAAACAUCUUGAAAGCUUUCAUCCAAGUUAAAGAAGCCGGAGAGCAUGUGGUUGACAAGGCUACUGGAGAACUAUAG